UCUCUCUCUCUCUUUCUCUCUCUGUUGUUAUAUAGACAUCAAUAUAACUAUUAAUUAAUUUAUAGGAGGUGUUAUUACCGUCACGUCAACCCUAAGAAUACUCGUGUAGGGCUUCUCAUGUGACACAAGCUGCAUAUAAUACGAUUAAUGGAUUGUGAAAUGCAAGAAAAAUGAAAAAUAUAUUGUAUUAUAAUUAUCACUUCUAUUGCUGUUGCUAUUGCCAUUGCUGAGAUUAAUUAAUAAAUUAAUAAUGCGUGUUCGCGGUGUGUGUUCAUAGGCAAAUCCAAUUGGUUUUAAAGUGCGCAAUAUACAUGUUUUUUCAAUAUAUAUACCUAACGUAGCAUAAUUAUGUUUAUAGUGAAUGUGUUUUGGCAUGGUUUUAGAUGUUUGUGGCAAAUUAUGCUUGCAUUUUAUAAAUCAGGUUAUGCCAUGAAUUGAGUUCAUGUAUAGAUUAAGUACAUGUACAUUUAACAUGUUGUGACACUACAAGCAAACCAAAAAAAAAAAAAAGAAAAAAAGAAAGACUAAAGAAAAAGAAAAAACGAAGCAAAUAAUAUGCAAUUAGUGGUGCCUGGUGCCAUAGAAAAAAAAAAAAAAAAUUAGUUAAAGUUCGAUAACACCAUUAGAUGGCAAGUUUCCAUCAAUUUACGCCCUCAAUUCAAAGCCCUUUAUUAUGAGAAGUAAACGCCUGCGAACUUAGCGCAGGAAUCUUUUCGUUUUUACACUUUGCAAAAUAUUGUGUUUGUGUGUGUAAUUGUGCAUUAAAUAUCUCUUUAACCGGGUGUAACCGGGUAUAACCGAGAAAGCAGGGGUCAUAAAAGCGAUCGUCAACGUAGUAUUCUCUUGCGUCUUAACUUUCGAAUAGAGGGCAUCAUGGCGGCAAAGCCUAGUAUGAAAUUCACUGUAAGGAGUAAUCCUGCGAUUAUCCUGUGAUUUUGUUUUGCGUAUCCUUCUUAUUUGCUUGAACUCUCCCUAAAAGAGUUAUACAAGAACGUUAUAAAGAGAUGUGUGUGUUUGUGUGUGUGUGUGUAUGCUUCAAGAAUUCAAAAAUUCAAUUUUCCUAACAUGCUCGUAAGGGCGUAUUGCAAGCACUUUGAAUGCAUGCCGGCUAGUGUAAGUGCCCAGCAAGGGCAGAUGAAAACGCCAGAUUUAAAUGCACUCCUCUCACAGAGAUAGAAGUGCUCUUAAGUGAUUAAAGCUUUCUAUGAUGCAAGUGUCGCAGGAGAUUAGAUUCAAAAUUAGAGCAUGAAAUUUCUAGCACGUUUUACUCGAAGCCAUAUAUUCUUCAAGUUUAUAUUAUGAAGUAACGAUUGCUCUAAAUACUGCUGAUUUUACACAUCGACAUAUAUAUAUAUAUAUAUGCAAGAUGUCCGCUGUACUCUUCACAACAGAACAACAGGAUCUAGACCUGCCCUCUACCAUUAAUCACAAUAACGCAAAUUCUCGUACUUCUACAACUGCAAGCAACAUGUCUUCAUUCAAUAAUGGCGAUGAUAUACAACUGCAAAACACUUUUACGGCCGUCUACGUUGAUAUUUUGGGCAGUAAAAUGAAUAACAUGCGUAUACACGGGGAAGUGGCGGAUGGAGAAGUAGAUCAUAUUCAAAAUCUUAACGGUCAACAGCAACACUAUUGCGACGGUAGUGAUAGUGGGGUGGAAAUUGCCUCUAAUGCCAAUGUUACUUUACAGAGGGCUCUUAGCAGUAAUAGUGGCGGUUAUGCUAGUAGUCAUGGCGGGGGUUUGGACGAUAAUGCGCAUGGCGGCGUAAAUCUGUCCUGCAAUUCAAGCAUGAUUAGUUGCAGCUCCGAUAUCUAUGAUAUAAAGCAAUCAAGCAAUUUGUUGGCAGGCAGUAAUAGUUUGAAUACCUGCCGCUCUUUAAAUAGCUACGAGUGUUGCAGCGAGAAUGGCAGUGAGAGUUCUUCGGUUGCCGGUCCCAUUACUAUGACGGUACGUCGAAUUAAUAAUCAUAGUAACGUUAAGAAAAAAGUGGCUAUGUUUGAGCCCAAUUUGUCAGAGGGCCCUUCAGCUAUGAAAGCAAAAAAUGCAAAAGAACAGAGUGCCGCCGCUAACUCUUCGGCACAGCAUCAACCACAACAACAACAACACCAACAACAAUGUAGAUCACGUUUAAGUGGUUUGAAGAGAGCUAUUUCAUUGCCCCGUCCAAGUCAGGGUACGGCCCAACAAGUGCGCGAACGUUUAAGCGAAAAACUACACUUAAAUAACUCAACCAGAUCAACAAACACAUGCCUUACGCCUUACCGUGCCAGCACUAACCAAUCGCGUACUUCUCAAAAUAAACCGCAAAAACCUGACAAUUUACCCAAUCAGUUAAGCCGAACUACGUCAAUGAGUAUGCAACGUUUGGUGCAACGCACACCUUCGUUAAGUCGUGCUCGCACGCCGUGUACAUCUGAGGAUGGACGUUGGCCGGGAAUAAGUUCAUCACGGUCCGCUUCGGCAAGACGUGGUAUGUCUGUCACACCUGAUCUCGCAUCUUUAAAGAUGCGUUCCAGCAUAAUGGCAAGCAUGGAAAUCAAAUCAAAUUCGUCGAGUCCCUAUGGGACACUACCACGAAGGAGGAAACAAAAGUCAGUAGAAGAUUUAACCGGCCGUAGCUCCCGUAGCAGUUCGAUAUCUCGAGAGACACGCAUGUCUACUUCCGUUAUAAUGAGUUCACGAAAAAGCUUAACUUCGUCGUACGGUUCAAACACGGCUACGCCCACACAACAAAAAUCGUUAAUAAGCUCGUUGGCAAUGAGUAAGAGAGAAAACCAAAAUUCACGUAAAAGCUCAACAGCGAUUUGUAAAACUAGAAUUUAUCACGAGACUGGAUCACAAACUGCGUUGACAAGUCAAGAUUUGGAGAAAGCUUUUGCCGGCGUAGCUUCUCAUACUAAAGCGAUCGACGCAGUUGAACUGCAUGAUCAAGAAACACAAGCCGAGAUAAGAGACGAGGAAUUGGAAAGGUUACGCUGUGAAGUGCGACAGUUAACAGAACGGGAACAAGAACUGGCCAUAAAAUUGAAGCGAGAACGGGAGGAGAAAUUAGCCAUUCAACGUGAAUUACAUCUCAAUACCGAACGGGUUAUGGGCCUUCUAGCUUUGGCACGCGUUGCUGGUAACGGUAAAAUUGUGGAUGCCGGUACACCCACCUCAGAUGAGGGUGAGGGUAGUCACGAUAGUUUGCUUAUGCUAGAAUCACAAAUUCAAAUGAGCGGUCAUGAGUUGAUAGAGCGCCAACAGGAGGUUGGUCAGCUAAGGAAACUCUGUAGAUCUCUACAAAUAGAAAUGGAACGUUCGUUAAUGCAACAAGAAUGUUUAAUGCAACAAAAAGCCGCUAUUGAACAAGAGUCCACUGAAUUGCAAGACUUUCUGCAACAUGAAAAGGUGGCCAUGUGCGACGCUCUCAAAGAAUUGGAAAAUGAAUAUCAACAGUGUAAACAACAAUUAGCCAAUCGGGGGGAAGAAGUAAAAGUACUAAGGGACGAAUGCCGCCAUUUAGUGAGAUUGAAUGAACAAAGAAGGCAAGAGAAUCGUACGCUGCAAACCAAAUUUGCCGCAUUGGAGACCAAGUCCAAGGAAUUGAUAAUGCAGCAAAAUGCGUCUGUGUCCGGAGCUACAAGCGCUUUAUCGGGCCUUCACACACGUUUAGACAAUUUGGUAGAACAGCUAGUAUUCUCCUAUAACAUAUCCGAACUAGAUUUGGAGGAUAUUGGCUUUCAAAAUGAUAGCCAAUCGAAUAUCAGUGCCAGCGGAGAAACAUCACUAGAUUGCGAUAGUACCACGACGUCAGUAAAAUUACAAUUGAAUGGGCAUGAGUUUACGCAUCAGCAGCACCCGCAAACACUUACUUUUUCUCAAACAACCAAUUAUGCUCAGUAUCAAUUAAAUUCAGCUAGCGAUGGAUCCCUAUCACCUCAACGAAAUCAGUCGUUUAUAGCGGCUGUUAUCAGUGCCAUUCGUAAUGCUACCACACAUUCAGGAAAAAGGCUAUUAAUACGUCAAGGCAAACGAUGUAGUGAAACUGUUGCAAGCUCAGGGGUAGGGGGUGCUACGGUCGUUCAUCAUCAUAACAAACAGUGCAAUACGCACCAACCUCGCAAUGAGAUAAUAAAUAAUGGCGAUGAUUCUGAUUCGACUGAAAUGUUGGAUUCAGAAACUGAACCUUGUUUGAUGAUGGAUAACGUUUUGGAGGAUGUGAAUAUGCCCGACUCGCAUUCACAUAAUAUGGUUUCGUCUUGCACGGGCAUGAUAUCACAAAUUGAAAUACCUUCGGAAUUAGUGAACGCAACCACCGGCGACGAAUCUCUGCACAAUCUAUCGCAGGCCAUUGUUAAUCGUCAAACUGUGGAAUCGCAAGUUAGUGCUAUGGCUGUGCAAAAAUAUAAUCAACAAAUUAACGAGACGAGUGUUACCGAAGAGCCGAGUUGUCAUGAUUCUGUAGCCGAAAUGCCUUCUUUGGUCGAGUAUUCUGCCACCCAAGCUGUAGUGGAUCAAGUUAUCGAAGUUGAUAAUUUGGUUACAAAACUCUUGAAAGUUUUACGCCUUAUACAAAUCGAUAACGAUAAUUGCAUUCAGCAGCUCAUAAUCGAUAAAAAUAAAUUGCAGCAAAGCAAAGAGGAUAUGCUUGAGAAAAUUAAAGACUUACAGGAUGUUAAUGUUAAACUACAAGACGAACUGAUGGAUGCGACACAAGAGUUGAUGAUAAAAACUAAUGAUUUAUCAAAUACCAAAGCUGAAAUCCAACGCCAUCGUAAUGAAAUCGAUCGUUUAACUGAGGACAUCUGCAAUUUGAGUACAUUGUGUAGCAAUUAUCGUAAACUAUCGCCAAGCACCGAAUUACCACCAUUUGAGGCUGGAUCACUUAACAGCCAGUUAGACGAUAUCGCUGGUAUAUUAAAUUUACUAAAAAUGUGGCAGGCCGAGGGCCAGCUAAAUGAUACCAGAGUCCAGCAAUUCAUGGUGGAUUCAUUGAAAACAAACAAUGGCAACACAAAGAGUUUGACAGAUGAUCGUCAUCAUUUAGAAGAACGUUUACGCAUAUAUGCCAAUCAAUUACAAAAUGUUUUAACGGUUCUCAAUACCUGCCAACAGCUGAUUACUGACAAUCCAGCCCUGCAAGAACUGCGUAAAGAUAUCGAAGUGGUUAAACUCAAUGCCAAUUGGUCGCAAUUACUGCGCGAUCAAGUUGGGGAAGAUGACCUUAAUGCCAAUUAAAUUUAGAAAAAAUAUAAUAAAAAAAAAAAAAAAAAAAAAAAAAUUAAAAAAAUUGUAUUCGCUUCAGAGUGAAUGUUAAACAUCCACCACCUAGACCAUGUUGACCAUGUCAUAUAAAAAGCUUCUGCGCGCAUUGUUCUGCUGAUCUCCUAUGAUAAUAAUUCAAUUGCCUCUAAAGUAAGAUUGAUCAAUACACUCCGUGUAAAAAUAUUGUUAAUUGUUUUUGAUGUGAAAUAACUCAUCUGAUGUUUUCUCUUUCCACCAUUGUGAGUCUUUAAGAACAAGACAAUGCUGUAAGGUUUUUUUUUUUUUUUUUUUUGACAUAAGUCUUAUAUGAGCUUAUAUAUAGGAGGAUUUGGCUUGUUUUUCUGUUAUUUCAAAUGGUCUUGGUCGGUAAGAGUGGCACCACUUUUUUUUAUUACUAAAAAAAUUAUUCGAUCCAACUGUGAAGACUUGCAUAAUUAAGUCUUGUUUCUCUUUACUGAAAUGUUUGCGCACAUUGUCUUGUUCAAGAGUUAACUAUUUAGAUGAGAUAAUGAGUACAUAUUUUUUACUUUUAGGUGGUGGGUAUGCAAAAAAAAAAAAAGUACUAAAAUUCAUCCAAAUUAUAAAAAAAACGUCCAUUGUGUUGUUAUAUUACGUUAUCAUUACUAUUAUUUAUUUAAUAUGAUAUAUAUUUAAAAAGGAAAUGUUGUCAUUAUUUUAGACAAAUUAAUUAACAAACAACAGUUAAUAUUAUGUAGUAGUUAUGAAACGCAAUCAGUAUAGGCUUAUUGGCCAUGCAAUUAAGAAUUUAAAAAAAAAAAAAAAAAAAAAAAAAAAAAAAAAAUGAAGAUCGACAACCGUUCAGGUCAGAGCACUAAGCGACAAUCCAUUAUGCGAUGGUGGCCUGUACAAUCUUGAAAGCGCAGGUAAAUCGCAUUAAGCACGAUAUAAAAUUAAAUUCAAACAACAUCGAAAACGUAUUGAUCUUGAUUGUACAAUUUCCUUUUUAUUACAUAAUACAUAUACAAUAUGUGCGUAGUAUUAUAUUUAGUAUGUACUUAUUACACAUUAAUAUAGUUGUAUAUGUGUACAUUAAUCAGAUCAUAUACAGUCAGAUAUGUAUGUAUGACGUUUGAAUUGAACCAUUUUGGCAUUUUAGCUUAGACCGCUUGUUAUUAUACAGUUAUUUUAAAAACUUUAGUCAUGAGACUCUUCCUUUUUUUUUUUUUUUUUUUUUUGUUCAUUAAAAAAAAAGUUGUGUAAUUGUAGACGCGAAAAACGCUGAAAAAAUUUAAUUAUACAUAUAUAAUCUUUAUGUAUAGGCACAUGUACUAGUAAUUAAUAAGCAAAAAUCGAAUUCAUCUUCUCUCUUAA